AUGGUUGAGUGCGUGAUGGCUGUUGAUAGCGACGAUGCUUUGGAGAUCGCUUCCGACGAAGAAAUCGAAGAAAUAACUUCAGGUUCUAGCAGCAAUGCAGACGAAGAAGCCUAUUGGUUGGAUUCGACAGAAGGUUCUGAUGUUUCCAGUGAGUCUUGCGAGCUCCUUGAUUUCAAUCAACCAUCACCCAGAAUGCACAACCUGGAAGAUAUAUCUCCUGUGGAGCAUAGCGAGUUGCUCCAAAAUUGUCUGGACUAUUGCAGCCACACUUGGCCAUCGCCUGAAGUUCACGAGUCCUUGUUGCACAGCAUGCUUGGAGUGAACAGCGGCUAUUCAGCACCAUCAGGCUUAGUGCCUCCUCGCCUGAGGAACCCAGCAGACUUGUCAUCACUUCCAUUUUCGGAUGGAUCGGACCAAGAGAGCACAAAGGAUACGGCCACUUCAUGUCUUGAUGUGCACUCCACAUUGACUUCUGGUCAGCUCGGUUUGAGACCAUCCGCUUUGAACCCACAGCUUACUUCCAAGCAUGCCAAGAAGGCACACAUGCAAAGGCUGGUUCAUCAGGAAAUAGAGCGAAAAAAGCUGGAAGAGAUGUCUGGCUCUUGGCCUGGUGGCGGCGCCAACAUGCGGCGACGACAAGCCGAAGCGCUGCUUCCUCUUCUAGAAGAUUUAGGAUACACAUUGGACGAUGUUGAGGCCUUGUUGGAGAGUUGCAGGGACGACACGCACAAGGUCCAGUUAGAAGUUGACGCUCUUUUGGAGGCAUCCAAGAACAAAGCCCAUUCGUGGCUCACCAGUGUUCCCAGGAAGCGUCAGAGGGAAUCGGGUCUCAGAGAGCUGCGGAAGCAAGAGCUGGGAGUCUUGAAAUCUAAGUUUGGCACGGUGAUGCGUGAAUUGGAAGAUCGUGGGGAGGAUCGCAAUCCGGAGCUUGUGGGAGAAUCAGUGCGACAACCAGUCUGGAGUGAUUUGACAGGGGAUUGGGGCGAAGAGCGGCCGGAGACUGUGACAGCAGCUGCCAAGAUGGACGGGAUGCCCGAAGUGUCAAGCAUCAAGCACAUGAGCCGGGCAGAUUGCAGAAAACUGCUCCGGCAGUUGAAAUCUUUGGUGCAUGCUCCAGCGGUGUUGUACAAGGCUCUUGCAGCACGGGCAAUGGACGAGUAUGCCAGAGUGAAGCCGCGCACUUUUCAGGAUUGCCGACAAAUCACGUUUUGGCAGUUUGCAGGGUCUGAACGAUCUGGAUGCGGUGCUGACUGCUAUGCUGGAAAGCAGUUCUUCGACUUUUUGAAUGAUUCCGAGGACAAGGCCAGUUUUCGGGCAAGGCUGCCGGACAUACACCCCAUAGCGGCGGUGUAUAUGUUGCAGACAAUGAUGGAAUCGAAUAAUGUCGUCAACUUGAUUUUUCAGGAGGUUGCUCGGUACGUGGCCGAGAGGAUCACCAGCUUGGACAGAGAUGGACUGGGAAGAUUAGUCUACGUGUUUGCCAAG